CAUGGUCCCAAUUGGUGGCCUGUAAGAAGAUGCCAGACAGGUCUCAGUACUACACUCUAGGAGCUUUCCUCCUGGGCGUGGUUCUGACCAGCGCCUGGACCCAGCAGUGGUCAAGCUCGCCGUCUCGUAAAUCUCGAAAUCGGCAAAGACCAAAUGUCAAGGAUCAUGAGGGUUCGGCAGAGCACGAUGGCAUCAAAGAAGGAAUAGAGGGAUGCAUUGGCAAUACGCCAUUGAUCAAAAUCAAAUCACUUUCAGAAGCUACUGGGUGCGAAAUUUUGGCGAAAGCUGAGUUUCUAAAUGGAGCGGGUAACAGUCCAAAAGAUAGAGUCGCCUUGAGUAUCAUUCAAAUGGCCGAAGCCGAUGGACUUUUAACGCCCCACUCCGGCGACACAGUCUACGAAGGUACCGUCGGUAGCACAGGCAUCUCUUUAGCGGCCAUAUGUAGAGCGCGAGGUUACAAGGCACACAUAUGUAUGCCUGAUGAUAUGGCGAUCGAAAAGUCUGAUCUGCUUCUGAAACUGGGUGCAGAAGUCGAAAGAGUCCGACCGGCGCCGAUUGUAGACCAGAAACAAUUUGUCAAUUUGGCACGCAGCAGAGCAUUAGAGCAUACUGCCGAUCCCAACAAACGUGGCAGCGGUCUGUUUGCAGAUCAGUUCGAAACAGAGGCUAAUUGGAAAGCGCACUACGCCGGCACAGGCCCGGAGAUAUAUGAUCAGACUGAUGGCAACCUCGAUGCUUUCGUCAGCGGAGCAGGCACUGGCGGCACAAUUUCAGGUGUUGCUCUGUUCCUUAAGGAAAAGCUGCCGGGUCUGAAGGUUGUCCUGGCUGACCCACCCGGCAGUGGCUUGUACAAUCGUGUGAAAUUCGGAGUCAUGUUCAAUACUAAAGAAAAAGAAGGCACACGCCGCAGGCAUCAAGUGGAUACCAUUGUAGAAGGUAUCGGUAUCAACCGUGUCACUCAGAAUUUCGAGGUCGGCAGGGAGCUGAUCGACGAUGCUGUCAAAGUAACAGACGAUCAAGCAAUCAAGAUGGCGAGGUGGCUAGUAGAGCACGAUGGGAUAUUCUGUGGCAGCAGUAGUGCUGUGAAUUGUGUUGCAGCAACGACGCUGGCGAAGCAGCUCGGUCCUGGUCACCGCAUUGUGACUUUGCUAUGUGACAGUGGCGCGAGGCAUUUGAGCAAAUUCUGGGCCAAUAAGGAAGUUGGUGGAAGCGAAGACGAUGUGUCACUCGAGAGUGUUCUCCAACCGUAGAGUUUGGACUAUGUCCCUUUGAAGAUGUUUCGCACGGAGACCAUAUCCGCAUGGAACAAUCCAUUGAUUGCGGCGUCACCCCAGAAAUGAACUCCAUGGCACAUUGAAGAUUUCAACUUCCACAAUACGAACUCGAAACUUCACCUUCAUAGCGGAAAGACAACAUCAUUGUUUAAUCUGGUUUCUAAAUUUCUAACAGGACGGUCAAAGAACUUCAAAUACCGCUUUGAAGCGCUUUGUGUGAAAAUGAUAGACAUUGCCAGAGACAAAG